GAGCUUGUUUCUAUCCAUAGUAAUUCCUCCAGAAUAUUUACAGAAUGAGAACAUGUAAGGCCAGAUGUCAUAAAAGCUUACAGGGUGGAAUGAGGUCAGGCUGCAUCUGAAGCAGAAGCCCCUGAGGCGCUGCUGUACCAGGAACUGUCAAAUGUGGAAUGCAUUCAAAACAAAACAUUUUGGUUCAAUUGGUCUAAUUUGGGAAGUUGAAAAGCUUUUGGGAGGACAGGAGUCCUCCACAUACAGAUAUGGCAAUUGCAUUUCCAUGAAGAAUCUUGUUCUGACUGGUAGUCCCUGACUGCCUCACUAGUUUACCAGUGUUAAUCUCAGACUUUGCUCUACCCUCCUCACACCCAACUCUCAAUGGACAGAAGACAACAAAAUCAGCAAGGGACUCUUUUUCAGCCUACAACAGCAAAUACCUUACUGUUCCUCAGAACCGGACUUCCUGGCACAGAAGUGGGACCAUUGGAGCUCUUGAAGCAUCAGUGGUGUCCUACAGAGGAUCUAUUAUCAACAACUACAUGGAAGGGACCCAGGCAGGGGCAAGGGACAAGGCCUCCCCGAGUGGCUUGCACUUCAGGGACAGCAAGAGGAAGGUCGACUACGUCUUGGCCUACCACUACCGCAGACGCCUGGCCCAGCAUGUGCCCGGUGCCGCCUCCCCGGAGCCGAGGUGUGGAUCUGCCUCUGUGACCCUAGUUUCGAACGGAGGCACCGGGAAGGGCUGCACCGAGCCCCAGCAGCAGGACGAUGGCCAGCAUGCCCUGCAGGAGUGGCCGGGGCUGCCCGGCCUGGAGGUGGUGGAGCUCAGCCCGCUGGACGCCUUGGAGGAGGAGAGGCGGCUGCAGCGGGAGGAGUACGAACACAACCUGCUGGAAGCAGGGCUGGAGAUCGAGAAAGACCCCGAGAACAAGAGCCAAGGACUAAGUUUUGUCCGUAUACAUGCACCGUGGCAAGUCCUCAGUCGAGAAGCAGAACUCCUUAAAAUAAAAAUGCCCACUAAAAAGAUGUAUGAAAUCACAGAAGAAAAGGGAAUACUCAAAACGUUAAAUGAAAUAUGGUGCAAAUUGACUGAACCUCUGCAACCCCAGGUGCCACAGCAAGAAAAUACCAAGAUGAAAACCUUGUCUUACCCAUUUUCCAGAGAAAAAAUAUAUUUGUAUAACAUCAAAGACAAAGACACCUUUUUUGACAAUGCAACCCGCAGCCGCAUAGUGAGGGAAAUUUUGAAGCGCACAUCUACAAAGGCCAGAAACAGCAUGGGCAUUGGCACGUUAAUAGCAAACAAUGUUUAUGAUGCAGCCUACCCACUUCAUGAUGGUGAAUAUGAAGGCCAAAAUGAUGACAUGAAUGAAAGAAAGUUGCUGUAUCAAGAAUGGGCAAGAUAUGGAGUUUUUUACAAGUUUCAGCCUAUUGAUCUCAUAAGGAAGUAUUUUGGAGAAAAGAUAGGACUUUAUUUUGCAUGGCUGGGUUUAUACACAGAAUUCCUCAUUCCAUCUUCAGUAGUUGGGAUUAUUGUAUUUCUAUAUGGAUGUAUAACCAUUGAAAGUGACAUUCCUAGCAAAGAGAUGUGUGACCAACGCAAUGCAUUCACCAUGUGCCCGCUGUGUGACAAGUUCUGUGAUUACUGGAACCUCAGCUCUGCCUGUGCCACCGCUCGAGCGAGUCACUUGUUUGACAACCCUGCCACAGUUUUCUUCUCCAUCUUUAUGGCUCUCUGGGCUACCAUGUUCCUUGAACAAUGGAAGCGCUUGCAGAUGAGAUUGAGUUACUUCUGGGAUCUAACUGGACUGGAAGAAGAAGAGGAACAUCCCAGACCAGAGUAUGAAACCAAACUGCUGCAGAAAAAGCUGAAAAAUAAAAACAUCACAACAGAAAGUUCAAAUGAGAAUGAAAAGGAGAAACUGACAUGGAGUGACCGCAUGCCUGGAUAUGCAGUGAACUUUGGACUGAUUAUAUUUAUGAUCAUGCUGGCAUUUUCAGCAGUGUUUGGUGUCAUUGUGUAUCGAAUCACGACAGCAGCAGCCUUGUCCUUCAGCACAAAUGAGACAACCAGGUCCAAUGUUCGAGUGACUGUGACUGCCACUGCUGUCAUCAUUAACCUUGUGGUGGUCCUCAUCCUGGACGAAAUUUACGGAGCUGUGGCCAAAUGGCUGACAGAAAUUGAAAUACCAAAAACAGAGAAAACUUUUGAGGAAAGACUGAUUUUGAAGGCAUUCCUAUUGAAGUUUGUGAAUUCUUAUGCAUCAAUUUUUUAUGUUGCCUUUUUUAAAGGAAGGUUUGUUGGCCGUCCUGGUCAUUAUGUGUAUGUGUUUGAAGGUUAUAGGAUGGAAGAGUGUGCUCCAGGAGGGUGUCUGAUGGAACUCUGCAUUCAGCUGAGCAUUAUCAUGCUUGGAAAGCAACUGAUUCAAAACAAUCUCUUUGAAAUUGGAAUCCCGAAGCUCAAGAAGCUCUUUAGGAAGCUGAAGGAUGAAAGAACUGAGGUAAAGGAAAUGGACACCAACCAAUCCAAGGAUCCUCAGCAAUGGCAUCUUGACUACAUCUUGGAACCUUUCACUGGGCUGACUCCAGAAUACAUGGAAAUGAUUAUCCAGUUUGGCUUUGUCACGCUCUUUGUUGCCUCCUUCCCUCUGGCUCCUGUCUUUGCCCUUCUGAACAACAUCAUCGAGGUUCGUCUUGAUGCAAAAAAAUUUGUUACUGAGCUGAGGAGGCCAGACACAGUGAGAGAAAAGGAUAUAGGUAUUUGGUAUAACAUCUUGAGUGGUAUUGGAAAACUUUCAGUGAUUAUUAAUGCUUUUGUCAUUGCUGUCACCUCCGAUUUCAUCCCGCGCCUUAUGUAUCAAUAUGUAUACAGUCAGAAUGGGACCAUGCAUGGCUUCAUCAAUCACACCCUCUCAUACUUCAAUGUCAGCCAGCUCAAGGCUGGGACACAGCCAGAAAACUCCCUGUUUGCACAGGAAGUUUCAUUCUGCAGGUUCAAAGACUACAGAGAACCACCUUGGUCCCCACGCCAGUACGAGUUUUCUAAGCAGUACUGGGCAGUCUUGUCCGCUCGCUUGGCUUUUGUGAUUCUAUUUCAGAACCUGGUGAUGUUCCUCAGUGUUCUGGUUGACUGGAUGAUCCCUGAUAUCCCCAAGGACAUCAGUGAACAGAUCAAAAAGGAGAAGACCGUGCUUGUUGACUUCUUCCUGAAGGAAGAGCAUGAAAAGCUGAAGCUGAUUGAAAGCUUUAUUGCACACGACAAGCGGAAACACAGGAGUGGGACCAAAGGCAGAAGGACCAGGGCUGCCAGCUUCUCCCAGUGUCACCGCAGCCCCCAGGGCAGCUUCACCUCCUUCAGCUCACAGCACACGGUGGUGUGAUUCCUGAGGGAAGGCAACAGCCUUUGCUUGCCUCUGCUUACUGCAUGAUGUGAUUCUGAGCCUAAAACAAGAGAAAGAGAGACGAGAAGGGAAGGGAGCAAAGGGAGGCUCUUUUGUUUCCUUAGAAUCUCCAGAUGUGACUGGCUCUGUUACAAUUUAAAUGCCCUCUGGGCUGCAGCAUUUCCAGUUUUCUUUGCUGUGAGAUAAGGGCUGUAUUGGGGCUGUAGCUGGUUCCUGUGGUGACGAUGCAUUCGAGCUGGGGAGGCAUGCAGGAAUUCUGGCAGGAAUUCUCCUGGCAACCAUCCCUCCUCCUGCAGAUGCCCGUGGGGCAUGGGGCACUCCUGCUUUAGUCUCUAUCCUUGGGCAGGUUGGACUGACUGUGGAGAAGGACUGACCAUGGAGAAGUGCACACACCUCAUGGUCUCAUUGGCUGUAGCUGCCAGAAGAGGGUUUGCAAACAUGUGGAGUCUGAAGGAGUCUUUGUGCCUUCCUAACCUACACUGCCAGAGGGUGCCACCUCUGGAGGGCACACGGGGCUCUGGGAGAUGUGGGAACAGAAGGAAUUUAAAUCACUGGACACUUGCAUCUAUGGAUAUAUUGUGCUUUGCUUAGCAGGAGCUGGAAUGGAUGUGCUGGUGAGCAGGGAGGCUGUCAGAAUGGCUGAAGCUGCCAGAACCAGGGAAGAUCCUUAGCACCCAUUGUCCUGAACAAAAAGCUAAAAACCAAACUUUGCAUAUUUGAUUCUCCUCUCACUUAGACUUGGAAUUCAGCCAGUGUCAAGAAGAAUCAUGCCACUGAACCACCAGUGCAAAGCUAAGGAGUGAGAAUGGAAUCAAGAAAAUCAAUCAUGUAAAUCAUGUGGCAUCUCCAUGUACACUGAAUGUAAAGUAACGAAAAUUGCUGCUGUUGUGAUUUACUGUAAAGUAAAAUAUUUUGCAGAACUGCAUUUCCCUGGAAGAUAAAUAUAUUCAAUAACGAAGCUUUCACCUACAAGCAUUUAAGGAACAACAUUACUCUGUCAUGAAUGAAAAUUAAACUUUCUUUAAAAAUC